UACGCCUCAGGAGGCAUGACUCCUGUCAGUGCCAAGUUCUCUACCUACCUCACACACCAUGGACAAAAAAGAAAAUAUCCACAGUUUUGUUUUAACAUUAGAAUAGACCAGCCCGAUCCAUUCUUUCAACCUGGCAAAACCUGUAUGCACUUUGUUCGACAUUUAGGCGCACCACCAUUAAGAUGUGAAAGCGGUGUCCGCGAGCAGCUGAACGAGAGAACAGCCUUUGUAGAUGGCUCUAUGAUAUAUGGAUCUACCUUUGAUCUUGAGAAGAAAUUAAGAGAUUCAUUUGGUGGGAGACUUGCAGAAAACUACGAAAAUCUUCUUCCAUGUAACGAGAAAGGAUGUCCUCGAGGAAUAAUAACAAAAUACCAUUGUUUCAUGGCUGGAGAUCACAGGCCAAGCGAAACACCAACCCUAACUGUUCCCCAUAUAACGUGGUUAAGACGUCAUAAUCUCAUUGCCGACGCAUUGAGACGAGCCACAGGCAUCAGAAAUGAUGAAAUUCUCUUCCAGGAGGCAAGAAGAAUCGUAAUCGCACAGCUUCAACAUGUUACUUACAACGAAUUUUUGCCUGCUUUACUUGACGAUUUCACAAUGAAUUAUUUUAAUCUUCAGUCUCGAUCGUCAGGACACAGCGAUGUGUAUAAUGAUAGGCUUGAUCCAAGAACUAUAAAUGCUUUUGGUGUUGCCGCCUAUCGUAUGGGUCAUAGUUUAGUCAGAAAUAUUGUAGGUCACGACAGAGGAUUCGGGAAGAUCCAAGUAUUCAAUGUGAGUGAUUUUUUUGAGGUUCCUGACUUGAUGUUUAAAAACGGAUACGAGUUUAUGGCUCGCUGGAUGUCAAGGGCCCCAAAAUCCAGGUCUGACAGAUUCUUAGUUAAUGGAAUCAGGAAUGAAUUAUUUAAAUCCCCAAUAGAAGGAGAGGAUUCAGAAACAAUGUCCUUGGAUUUAGGAGCUUUGAACAUCCAGAGAGGUCGAGAUCACGGCAUACCUCCCUACAACGCUUACAGAGAAUUCUGUGGACUUCGAAGAGCGCGUUUCUUUGCCACUGUCCCAGGGGGGCUGGUAGAUCAUACUCCACAGGCAGCAGCUGCACUUCAGCGAACCUAUCGACAUCCAGACGAUAUUGAUCUUUAUGCUGGAGGUUUGUCUGAAACACCUCGUAAGGGAAGCAUCUUGGGACCCACUUUCCAAUGUCUUAUAGGCUACCAGUUCGGUCUCUACAAACACGGUGACCGUUUCUGGUACGAGCGCACUUUCCCGGAAAACGCGGUGGCUGCUUUUACACAAGAGGAAUUAGUACAGAUAAAAAGGACAACAUACUCCAAGGUCAUGUGUUCAGUUUUGAAGAAUAUUGGAGGCCACUUCCAUUCCUUCCAACCAAGGCUGUUAUUACGCCCUGAAAUAGAACGAAAUCAACUACAGUCAUGCAACAGAAUUUUACGAGGAAAUCGGCUAGGGUUCGACAUUACACCAUUUGCACGGCGACUUUUACGUUUAAGGGGCCGACGACGCGCAGCUUUAGGAGUUUCUUUUCCACGGAAUCCAGGCACAAGAUUUCUUCGAUUGGUUAAACCACGAUCUGUCUUCUAUUCCCCAAUCAAUCCCGGAAGGGUUUUUCCAAUUCGGAGAAGAAUAUCAUUCCAUCGACCCAAGAGAACUAUAUAAAUAUAUUGUAUAAAAGGCAGUUCCCUUGAUUGGUCCUAUUGUGGUUCUUUGCACUGACUUUUGUGAUUGACAUUGAAGACAAGUAACACCUAAAAUGUCCAUCCAUUAAUAUUGAAUAUAUCAACAUUAAUCAAUAGGAUCGAUGUUAUGUGAAUAACAUCAGGUUAUUUUAU